AUGAAGAUUACUCAAGUAUUACAAGUAUUGGCUGCUGCCAGUGUUGUUGCCAGUCAAGACAAUAACAACAAUAACAACAACAAUAAUAACAAUGGUGGUGAUUCUACUGCUACUGGUAAUACCGGUGGUAGUUCAUCUCAAAGUUCAUCAAGUUCAUCAUCAUCUGGUAAACAAUAUUCAAGUGAAUUUGGUGUUUUAGAAUUUGAUAAUUUUGGAUUUGAAGGUUAUUAUAAACAUGUUAAAAAAUUAGAUGAUUCAGAUAGUUGUCAAUGUGAAUUAGCUUCAAAUGAUCAACGUACUAUAUUUAGUGGAGCUAAUGCUCCAAUUAAUGAAGAAGUUUCUGUUCAUUUUAGAGGUCCGCUAGUUUUAUCACAAUUUGGGUUUUAUACUUCAGAUGAUUUCCAAACUGGUUCAAGUAGUGGUUCUGGUUGGACAAGACAAGGUUAUUAUGAUGGUGAAUCUCAAACUUCUGAAAAUAUUACAUUUUUAACUGCUGCAGGUGAUAAUUCAACUUGUUUAGGCAAAGCUUUAACUUAUGCUGAUACUGAUGGUAUUUCAAAAGCUGAUUCAAGUCAAAUUUUAGCAAAAGAUACUAAGAUUAUAUCAGAUGAAGAAUUUAUCAUUUUUUCAAGUGAAGAAUGUGGUAAAUCUGGAUUUGGUAAAGAUUGUGGUGUUUAUCGUGAUGAUAUUCCAGCUUAUCAUGGAUUUAAUGGUACAACUAAAUUAUUUUUAUUUGCAUUUGAAAUGCCAGAAGAAGAAUCAUCUGAUGAAGAUUCAUUUGAUUAUUAUAAUAUGCCAGCUAUUUGGUUAUUAAAUGCUCAUAUUCCAAGAACUUCUCAAUAUCCAACAAAUGGUAAUUGUUCAUGUUGGGGUAGUGGAUGUGGUGAAUUUGAUAUUUUUGAAGUUAUGAAUACCACUGAAGCUAAUCAUUUAUUCUCAACAAUUCAUGAUUAUCAAGGUUCUGAUAAUAUUCAAACUGGUAUUCAAGCUCAAGGUUAUAUUUCAAGAGAUACUUCAAGUACUAUGAAAGGUGGUGUUGUUUUUGAUUCUCAAGGUAAAGUUUCUGUUUUCUUAUCAAAUAGUACAAGUCUUGAUGAAACUAUUAGUGCUUCAGAUAUUAAUGAUUGGAUUAGUAGUGAAUCUUCAUCAGAUAAAUCAUAUACAAGUACUUUAUCAACUGUUACUAAUACCGGUUCAGGUAAGACUAGUGCAGCAUCAGGUUCAAUCCCAUUCAUGUUGGAUGUCAGAUAUAUUUUGGCUGGAUUUGUUGCAGUUGGUGCUUCAGUCUUCUUUUGA